AAUAUUUAAUGAACAAAAUUUAUUUGUAACUGAUAUGUUGAAAUUUUUUAUAUUGGUACAAUAAAUAAAAAGAAAAAGUAUAAUCAGGUCCACCAGGUUAGACCCUUCCCCCCCCUCCCCCGAUGGAUUUUAUACCGGGGCGGGGCCCGGGUCUGUCUCGAAGUUGGCGAGGGAGGGGGGGUUUCAGGUCCACCCAAACUCACCCCGUUGCCGCCCCAGGAUGUAGGUCACGUGCCUAACACAUUGCAGUUUAGUAUUUUUAGUUGGAGGAAUAAUUGAUCAUUUUUCCAAUAGUAGCAUAUGAGUGCUUCAUUUGCCCUAGUUGAUUCACUUGUGAAAGACAUGAUUUUUUGAGUUGCUUCUACUUGACUUCAACUUAUAAAAAUAUGGGAAUGAUAUGAUUCAAUUUUUAUGAGAGAAGAGAGAAAUCACUAUGUUUUUUAUCCUAAUUCCUUCAAAAUUUAUUUUUUUUUCCCUCAAAUGUAUUUACAUCAAAAAUGGUUUCAAUAUGAAAAAUAAACCAAUUUCUCUUUGGCCAAAAAUAUUUAACGAUCGCAUGUUAAACAUGUACACUACACCAUUAAAUUGUAGAUAAAAAAGUAAAUGAGAACAAAAAGUGCUAUUUUUUAUGAAUAACGAGAAUUAAAACUGCCAAUCCCAUAAUAAAUAGGACAAAAAUAACUCCUACUCAAAUAUAAUGGUGUGUUGACCUCCAAGACACAUUGAAUAUUAUGUAAUUUAACUCAAUAAAUCUAUCUCUUUGAAUAUUUUGAUCGACGCCACUACUAAUUUAUGAUGGUGCAUUCCUUUGGUGCCAACUUUUACUUUUUUUCAACUUUUACUUUACCAAAGAAAAAAGUCAAUGUGGUACCUCUUACGUGAAACCCCCGUUACGUGCGUAGCAAUUUCAUAUUUUUUCUUUAUUCCAAUUCUCGUUCUCAUCAUCAGUUGAGUUCAGUACGUCGUGCUUUAUCACUUGAACCUCCCCCUCCUCUACAGUGCAAUCCCUUCACACAUACACCAGUAUCAGGGGGAAAAUUUUCUCUGCCUUUUCAUUUUUUUUGAAUUUUUAUUUUCUCAAAACCACUAUUUCUACGUACUCAUCGAGAGAAUUAGCACCCAGUAUCUGCUUUUCGGAUCUGAACCGAAUAAUAUAGUUUGUUUAUGCUUUUUUCAAUCAUUAUAUCAAUCAUUGUUUUUCCGGGUUUUUCUUAAUUUCUCUGUUUCUCACUCUCUCUUGUUGAUUAGUUUUUUUCCGCGUUAGGUUUCUGACGACGGAUAGUUGGAUUAGCUUGAUUGGGUUAGGGGGUCUUGUGUGUUUUUUAUUCUGUUAUUAGUGUUUUGAGUUGAACUUUUUAUUAUGGUUGAACAAAUCUGAUUGCGCCAUGAGGAAGAAGCUUGAUACUCGUUUCCCCGCUGCUCGUAUUAAAAAGAUCAUGCAAGCUGAUGAGGAUGUUGGGAAGAUUGCAAUGGCAGUACCUGUUUUAGUCUCCAAGGCUUUGGAAUUGUUUCUGCAAGAUCUUUGUGAUCGUACAUACGGCAUAACCAUACACAGAGGGGCAAAGACUGUUAGUUCGCUGCACUUAAAGCAAUGCGUGCACAGUUAUAAUGUGUUUGACUUUUUGAGAGAAGUUGUCAGCAAGGUUCCUGACUAUGGUAAUUCUGAUGCUGCAGCUGAUACAUCGAAAAGAAGUGCCAGGAAAGUUGUGGCCAACGAAUCGAAUGACAGUGAUGAAGAGUUGAAAAGAGGCACUAUGCAAGAAACAUGCCAACAUGCCAGUAGCACUGGCAGGGGAAGAGGAAGAGGUAGAGGAAGAGGACGUGGACGGGGCAGCAGAGGCAUAGAGAGAGAAUCUUCUCGACAAGAGGUGGAUUCUAGCUCGACUACGUCUCUGCAAAGCAUCAAACAGAUCUUGAGUCCAAGGAGUCCAAUAGAGAAUAACUCAGAGUUGAAUGAAUCAUCAAAGGAGAACAUCAAAGUUACUGAUGGUGUCAAUUCUGACUCCAGGAACUUUGAUCUGAACACCGGACUAGAUGAAGCUUCAGAUAAAAUGGGAUCUACCACUGCUGCAGUGGCGGC